AUGGCAUCUGAAGAAGGAACCUUUCUGGCCCACAAGCUUGUAGACAGUCCAUUUACUACCUUACAGCAGCACCAGCAGCCAAAUCCUGAGUUUGAAGGGGAGAAAAGGCAACCUCCUUGUGUUGAGAUUGGCCGAGUUGCCUAUAUCUCCUUUGGGCCACAUGCUGGCAAGCUGGUGGCAAUCGUGGAUGUUAUUGACCAGAACAGGGCGCUAGUUGAUGGCCCCUGCAAUGGUGUAGGAAGGCAGGCUAUGCCCUUCAAGUGCAUGCAGCUAACAGAUUUUGUACUCAGAUUCCCACACAGUGCUCAUCAGAAGCAUGUGCGAGUUGCCUGGGAGAAAGAAAAUAUUAAUGAAAAAUGGACAGGUACAAGGUGGGCAAAGAAGAUUGAAGCCAGAGAAAAGAAAGCCAAGAUGACAGACUUUGAUCGCUACAGAGUCACGAAGGCAAAGAAAACGAGGAACAGGAUCAUCAAGCAUGAAGUAAAAAAGCUCCAGAAGCAAGCUUCCAAAAAAGCAUAAACUGUCAGUAAUCAAAUAAAGUUCCAGUUUAAUAUACAAA